AACUAGCUGCUUAAAGCCAGUGGCUUAUGGGGCACUCUCCUGUCCAGCCUCACUAAGAUGCUGCUGGGCUCUCCCUGCACCCCAUCCAGGGGACGAACCCCCAGCGCCGUGGAGAGGUUGGAGGCUGACAAAGCCAAGUAUGUCAAGACACACCAGGUAAUAGCGCGACGCCAAGAGCCGGCCCUGCGCGGGAGUCCUGGACCGCUCACUCCGCGCCCCUUCAAUGAGCUGGGACCCCCUGCAUCGCCCAGGACACCCAGACCCGCCCGCCGUGGCAGUGGCAGGCGCUUGCCAAGACCUGACUCCCUCAUCUUCUACCGCCAGAAGCGGGACUGCAAGGCUUCUGUGAACAAAGAGAACGCCAAAGGCCAGGGGCUGGUGCGGCGCCUCUUCCUGGGCUCCGCGAGAGACGCCACCUCCAGCAGCCCGGGCCCAACCGAGCGACCCGCAGCUCCCAGAGAUUGGGCAGCGCCCCAAGAUCCCCCGGAAGGGGCGGGAAAGCGGGAGCUGUGCCCCACGUGCUCGCUGCCGCUGUCGGAGAAGGAGCGCUUCUUCAACUACUGCGGCCUGGAGCGCGCGCUGGUGGAGCUGCUGGGCGCCGAGCGCUUCUCUCCGCAGAGCUGGGGUUCCGACCCCAGCCCCCAGCCCGGGACAUCCCCUUCGCCCGGCUCCCGGGACACCAGCGACUGGACGUCCAGCGACGGCUGCACCGACCGACCCGACGGCGCGGACGACGGCGGCGGCGGUUCGGAGGCGGCGGGCUCGGCGCGGGACGGGCGCCCCCAGGUGUCGGUGGUGGAGCGCAACGCGCGCGUCAUCCAGUGGCUGUACCGCUGCCAGCGCGCCCGCGGCCCGCCGCGCGAGUCCGAGGUGUGACCGCCGCCGUUCGGGAGCCCGGGGUCCGGGGAGGCGCAUGGGGGUGCGUCCCGGGCUGGACCCGAGCGCAGGGUGCCUUUGGGAAAAGCCAUUCGCUCUGGCUCUCCCGGGUGAUGAGACCUGAUGAGACCAAAGGAUCCCGACGGCCCUUCCCGGGCCAGACUGAGGGAGAGGGUGGGGACGACCUCGAGGCUCCUGUGGAGGCCGGGUCGGAAGACUGAAAACUGGGCUGGGAAGG